CUCUUUUGUGAUCUGUGUAACUAGGACCCAUCUAACCAGCCUUUGCACUCGUUGGUGUUGUUUGUGCUUUUUCUUGGUUGUUGGUUUCUGGGUCUGUUUGGUUUUUGCUUUUUUCCAUUUUGUUUAGUUUGUUGUUUUCCUCCUCGUUGUUGUUUUGCCCAUUUGGUCUUUUUUUGCAGUUUUCUUUAUUUUUGCUUCCCCCACUCUAGUCAGCUAGCACGCUCAGAAGUAUCAGUGUUCGAGGAUUUAGUGGCUUUUUCUCUUUGUUGUUUUCUACUUUAUUGAGAUAGUCUUGCGGCUUCGCCUCUAGAGCAGUGAGAGUAGCUGGUGCUGUGUCUUAGUCAGCUGGGCAGUCAGGCCCCCGUGGUCCCUUUGUGUUGUAGGCAGUGCAGUGUGGGUCGGUGAUUAGCUAGCGUGUGUCGAGCGAGUUAGGGAGUCGAGAGAGCAUAGCUAGGUGACCGGCAGCAUGAAAGGCCCCUGGGAAGUCCAUCCUCCUCUGGACAGGUACGACUUCCUAUAUGUGCUCGGCCGGGGCGGCUUCGGCCUGGUGAAGCUGGCCCGGCACCUGGCGUCGGAAGAGUUCGUGGCAGUGAAGAUCCUCCUGCAAGGCGCCUCUCCCAGCAGCCCGCUGUCCGCUCAGAGGGAAGUGGACAUUCUGAGGAGCCUGCGGCACGACAACAUCGUGCGGCUGCUGGAGGAGCGGCACACGAGGACGCACCUGUUCCUGGUCAUGGAGCUGGCGACCGGGGGCUGGCUCCGGAGCUAUGUGCAGGAGCAGGGCGGCCUGGCCGAGGACGAGGCCGGGGCCCUGUUCGGCCAGGCGCUGGCCGCCGUGAGCUACUGCCAUGGCCAGCGCGUGGCGCACCGGGACCUCAAGCUGGGCAACCUGCUGCUGGACGAGCACAUGAACAUCAAGCUGGCGGACUUCAGGCUGAGCCUGUGGCUGGAGCAGGGCACGCUGGUAAGGGGCUUCUGCGGGACCCCCCAGUACUGCGCACCUGAGGUUUUCCUCGGUGAGGACUACAACGCUUUUAAGGCCGACGUGUGGAGUCUGGGGGUGGUGCUGUUUGCCAUGCUGGAGGCCACGGUGCCCUUCCACGGCAAGGACAUGGACAAGCUGCAGAACCGGGUGCUGCGUGGCACCUACGUGGUGCCACGUGGCAUCAGCCUGGCCCUGCAGGACGCCUCGGGGAGGCCCAGUGCGGAGGACGCCAGGACUCACUCGUGGUUCAGCCCUGGCCGAGAAGCCGCCCAGGAACACGAGGAGGGCGUGGUCACCCCGCUGCAGCCCCUGGGCGUUCCCCGGGACCCGGAGGCCAGGGAGUACCUGGCGGGACUCGGGCUGCUGCCAGGCAUGGGGACCGAGGGGACGCCAGGCCCUCAGCCCCAGGAUCCCGCGUCCCUGCCCAAGUCCUCACAGAGCAGCAAGCGGCCCCUCAUAGAGGACUACUGCUUGGCUCUGGUGUCGAGGUCCCAUGACAGCAUGGCCGACGUUUCCUCCGCACAAAGCGACUCCUCCGAGGCCUCCAGUGAGUCUUGUCCUCCCCCUGCCUUGGGGCCUCCUGUAGCUGAGCCCAAGGCCCCGAGGUGAUCCCACUCUUGACUCUCCUCUACCAGGCCAGCCACAGCAAGAGAGGAGCCCUGCUCCCAGUGCAGCCCCCGACUCCUCCAAGCCCUCCAGCCAGCCACCGCAGGAGAGGAGCCCUGCUCCCAGCGCAGCCCCCGAGCCAGCCUCCAAGGCGUCGCCCUCCAGCCCCAGUGCCAGGAGCCGUGUGGACCUCGCAGAGCCAGAAGCCGCCGCAGCUGCCCGUGAGGGGAGCUGGGACCGCAGCCACCGCUCACACCACAGCCAGCGCCCAGGGCAAGAGGCAGGGCCGGCACAGGGUCGGCAGGAGGAUCCUCUGGUUCCUACUGAGGGCGUGCUGCAUCCUGCCGUCCCGAGGGAGCAGCCCUGGUCACUGCUGCCACAGAGCGGCCCCCAAGUAGCCUCGCUCCGCCCCCCCCCCUUCACCAGGAGCAAUGCACAGGCUGAGCUCACUGAAUGUUUUUCUUUUCUUAAGCAUUUGCAAAUGCUUCUCAUGAAUAAAAUUCAACUUCCUGUGUGGCUUUGGUCCCGUGUGAUGUUUGGGUCCCUGUGUGCACCAUGGGGAGGUGAUGG